UUUCGGGAUGACGACCGCGCAAAGCCACGAUGUCAAAGAUUGCAACCGUCGAUUGGAAAAGCUGAUGAAAAAAACUAAAAAGGAAAUAGUAAAGGUGGACCAGGUUAUUAAAAAUUGUAACAAAACGUGCCAGGGUCCGAUGACCCACGUGCCAAGCAAAGACGAGAAAAAACAAUUAAUCGACAGUAUAAAGCAGAGCUCGAGCGCUCUGUGCAAUCUGCUGGAAGAACUGAAGAAGCACAGGACCGAGGUGAAAUGUUUACUCAACGCCUUCGACAAGCUAACCAAGAAGCACGAAAAGUUAAAGCUCACCCGGCAAAAUCAACUAGAACAGCUUAAAGAUAUUCAUAAUUACGUGAAAAGUGAAUUGUCGCCGUUGAUAAAAGUCGAGACCACAAAAGCGUCAGGGUUGGAUGGUAAAAAUCGCGAUGAAGAAAAUGAAAAGUUGGAAAAAACAUUGGAGGACGUGGUUUCGCAGUACUCCGAGUUGCUCAAGGAGUGCAAGAGGCAAGCGGAAUUUAGCGCCGAGCGAGCCAAGCGUAUUCAACUCGAGGAUGAGAACGACAAAAUUUUGUUUGGUCUUGUCUUACGAUGCAUCAGAAAGGCGUUCAACAUAAGAGCAAACAUCGAAUGCAAACGAAUAAACUUUGUCGACUACAUAUUUCCCGAUGGAGUUCAAGACGAGGAUCAGGAGUGUGAUUAA